AUGAAGGUGUUCUCAACCUCUCUCUGCUUCGGACUCCUGGCUUUGCUGUCUGUGAUGAACCUUUUCAAAUCUGCGCAUGGACGGCAACCUCUGACCACAGGACAUGAGCUGUUUCCAGCUAACGAACACACAAUUCAAGAGAAACUACUGCUGGCUCUGCUGAGCCACCACCCCGGUUUCCAGAGGCCCUCCCACGCCGGUGUAGAUCUGCCUAGCAGCCCAGAAGACCUUAAACAGAGAAAAAAUGGAGUAACUUUUCAAGAAACGGACAAUGAGCAGAUAACAAAUUAUAGUGAGCUAAAGAAACUGAAAGAACAGUUUAUGGAGGGAAAGAGCACUGAACUGACCCAUGCCGCAGAUGCUGUAGAUGGCAAUCUAUCCUCUUCCCGUCCUAAUAAAAGAGCUUGUUUUUGGAAAUACUGUGUCUGAGUCUUCUCUGGAUAUACAAAAGGAAAGAGCACCUAGGAAGAUGAAUAUUCUCUUGCUUCAAGUUCGCCUCUGUUUCCGGCCUUAAGAAACUGGUUCUUAUUCUGCACAUCCUGUCCUCACUUUCCUACCCACCCCUACCUGGGUUGUGGUUGGCUUAAUGCCCAUAUGGCAAAGGAUGACACUGACCAUCGGAAUGGCUUUAAAGCUGAAACUGAGUAUUUGAUUUGUUGUAAGUUUCCUAGACGUCUAUUCUCUCUCCUUCUCCAUAAUUGUUGGCUGUCAAUAAAAAAUAUUUUCAAAUGCAUCUGAGAGAGUUAAAAUAAACUUUGUA